GUCGCCAGUCACUCUCUCAGAAUGCCAGCACUCAAACUUAUAGCCAAGCUGCUCACAAUGGGAACAGCGAUUUCGCUCCUGACGACACCCCAAGUCUCGACAGCCACCGUCUUUGGCCCGACAAUCACACCUCGGAACCCUUACAUUGGGCAAGAUGGAGUCGCGACGAUGCAUGGCGACCCAGCUUCGUCCGAUACCACCCCUUUUGCUGGCCCGGGUAACGCCACCAUCACCUCUAAUCGGCGCGCGCUGCAAUCCGCCUGUCCAACCCUAUUGGGCACAGCGGAUGGCUAUGUCUUUGGCCUGUGCACGACGAUCUUCACUCAAACGCCGACCAUACAUCUAUUUGAUUCUCAGGAAGCCAACUCGCUCGCAGAGUUGGCAGUGGCCAAGGGCAAUAUCCUUGGCGGCGUGUAUGCCUAUGUCGAUAACGAGGACAGGCUCGUUCUCACCAAUGGCAACAACCAAUUGCUUCGCAUCGGCAAGUCUGCUAAUAAUGCCAAGUGGACGCUCGCGAUCACGGAUACCCUCCCAUUGACCCCGAUCCCUGCCAACGAUUCCGUGGUGGGACUAGCCCCAGAUUGGCAAGGAUAUGUCUGGUUCGCGACCGCAAAUGGUUUGGCUGGAUAUGCAGACCCAGUCUCCAAGAACGUGACCACUCUCUCGCUCAAGGCGCCGAAUGGAGGUGUACAAGAAGAGGUGGCCAACAGUAUCUCGACCAGCCCAGCAGGGGCUUUGAUUUCGACAACGUAUGCGACCUAUCUUCUCGGCCGCGACGAUGCAUCGCACACGAUCAAGGUCCUGUGGCGCGAAGCAUACGACCGCGGUCCUGCCCGCAAGCCUGGUCAGUUGAGCUGGGGCACGGGGUCCACGCCGACAUUCUUUGGGCCUCAGUCCGGAUACGAGUACGUAACGAUUGUGGAUAAUGCUUCGCCAUUGGUCAACUUGCUUGUCUACCGCACACAGGACGGCAGCCAGGUCUGCAAAGUCCCACUCUUUGAGCCUAACAACUCUGGUUCUGAAAACUCACCCAUUGGGUCCGGUCGUUCCGUCAUUGUCGCGAGCACCUAUGGCUACCCGUACCCAGCGCUCCCUGCCAACGCCCCAGCCAGCCAGCCAAGCUCUGCGCCCUUUGUUGGGGGCAUCGAGCGUGUGGAUGUCCUUGAAGACGACUCGCAAGGUUGCGUGGUGAAAUGGGUCAACAACAAGAUUCGUUCCUCGGCAGUCCCUAAACUAUCGCUCGGCGACAAGAAAAUCUACACCUUUGUGCGCCAAAACCCUCUUUCCCCGGACUCAACCAGCACGGGCAUCCUGGACAACUAUUACUACACGACCAUCGAUUCCGAAACGGGCAACAUUGAUUCCAAGCAAUAUGUGGGGACCGGGUCCAUUUAUGAUACGCUGCAGAUGGCAGGACUCAUCAAUCAAGGUGUACUUCUGCAAGGUACCAUCACCGGUGUCGUUCGCGUGCGCAAGGCAUAG